CUCCGUCUGGCGUGACUGUCGAUUUUCCCUGUUGCCUCCCCGCUGCGCCUCCUGCUCCUGCUUGCAUCCGUCGAAUGCUGGCAAUGUUUGAAGGAUCCUGUGUGGUGAUGUCGACCAUGAUGACACGGCUGCAGAUCCGAUCGUGAUAUGCUUUCGGGCCCUACCAAAGAAAGUUUUCUUUGCUUUUCUUUGCUUUUCCUUCAUGCGAGCUUUCGCUGCCAUGCCAACUUCCUCUAUCCAACAUCCUGGGAAUCAAUCGUCCAUGAGACGCCAUGUUGUCGGACAAAAGCGAUGCUGGUUUAGAAGUUGCAAGCCUCCCUGAGGCCGACGAGACAACCCACGAGGGACCUACCGACGAGGAUCGCGACGCGCAGCCUAGUUCUGUGACCAGCGGUCAAACCAAGUGCUCGAUCUGUCAGAGCACCUUUCGGCGCCCGGAGCAUCUGAAGCGACACUUCCGUAGUCACACGAAAGAGAAGCCCUUUGAAUGCGCGCAAUGCGGACGACACUUCUCGCGAACUGACACCCUUCAUCGCCACGAGCUGAGUCACCAUACUCUGGGAACCGAGGGCGGAAAGGACCGCACGCAUCGGAUCACAGUCAAGACCUUUCGAGCAUGUUUCAAAUGCGCGGUAGCAAGAGUGCGGUGCAGCGGGGGCACUCCGUGUGUCCGUUGCGAAAACCGGGCUCUCGACUGUCAAUACCCGACGGAGCGGCGGUCUAAGGUAAAGGCGCGCAAGGAUGUUUCCUCUGAUGGCAUGCUGAACAAUGGCAACAUUUCGCCUAUACAUGCUUCUAACGUUAUGUCUUCGAUGACGGAAGAAGAUGUAUCUCGAAGCCGAACUGAGUCGAAUCCGUCAUAUCGGCCUCCUGAAUACCAGGUUGGCCAAUUCCAACUUCAGCUUUCGAGUAUGAACGGCCCAAACACGUCUUCCAAUGUGACGACCGAACGAAACUCGUAUAAUUUCUCAAGAAUGCAGCAAGAUGACCUUCAGAAUGCCCGGAGGCCCUCCCAAGCUGAAAGCUUGGGGCUGGCGAGUGAACCAGCUGACAGCCGCCGGUUUUCCUUGCAGUCGUACCCCGGGCUAGAGCUCCAGCGCGCAUAUCCACAACUACCCAUAUCAGAAGAUAGGAGUACGCUUUCUGAUGGUCACAGACUACCACCCGGCACUCACAUGAGCAGUUUUCAGCCAGGAGGGACAAGCUCCACCCCUCAUGUGGAUAUCUCGACAGGAGGGACUGGUUCGCAGGCGCCGCUGGGGCUUGCGUCGUCUUUCCUGGAUCAAUCAAUGUUCUCUACCAUAAAUUGGCUACCAAACGACCUACUGCUAGAUGCUGCCAAUGAGAGGCCUGUUGCAUCUCGGUUGUCAUCGCAUUCAUUCCAGUCGGCUGUUUUGGAUAGUCCUUGGGGUCGAACGCCAUGGCUACCUCCCGUCAUCAACAUGGGUAAUAGUCCAACUUUACCUGAGAAUGUCUCCCAGUCGCCAGCAGGAAAUGUGCCCUUGGGAUCAGACAUGCCAGGCCCUGAGAAAUUCAGACAGGAUGUCAGCCAUUCAUCUUCACUAUCUGCUUCCAUAUCAUCAACACCGUCAAACUUGGAGUCUAAUGCUACGAAACGCUCAGCAGAUCACUAUAUAGAUAGUGAUGGUGCUAGGCUUCCAAAGUACAGACGGAGGCAGAACUCCUGGCAUGAACAAUCUGCGGAGCUUGCCGAUAUUAUAUCUCGACUACGACACACUGACGAUGCAAUGGAGUUUUCUUUCCCUGCGAUCGAACAAACAGAAAUUAUUCCUCCUGGUGAACACGUUGCCAACUUUCAGAUCGAUGCCUCUACGUACGAUACAAUUCACAAAUCCUUUACAGAGCUCUGUUGCUCGGAGAACAUUCUGUACCCAAAAUUUGGGUCUCAGGGGUUUCCUGCCUCGAAUGCGCUCUCCAGCUUCAUUCACCUUUACUUUAAUUCUUUUCAUCCAGUCUAUCCUAUUCUUCACCCUGCUACUUUUGAUCCAAACAAGUGCCAUUGGCUAGUGAUUCUGGCAGUGUCGGCAAUAGGAUGCCAUAUUGCGGACUUUACUGGGCAAGGAGAGUCUAGCGCAGCCUUUCAUGAAUUCCUCCGCCGGGCUAUUAAUGUGGAGAAGGAGAAAAGCUGCGCCGAUCAGAUACCCCUUUGGCUUAUUCAAGCAUCGACACUCAAUCACAUCGGAUUGCUUCACGGCAACAAUGAACGCACCAGACGAAACGCCCUCAGCAGUUUUGGAAGCCUAGUUGACCUUGCCACUAAGGAGGGAUUGUUGUGUUCGACUCAGUCGGAGCUCUUCUCAAGUGGAGACCCAGUGGAGCGACAAUGGACUUUAUGGGUUGAAGAUGAAUUGAAAAGACGGACAGGCUACUUGAUCUGGCUUCUGGAUUGUACACUUACCUACCAUUUUGACGCCCGACCGUUACUGUCUCUUGACGAUGGACUCGCGCCACUUCCCUCCCAUGAAAACCUCUGGCAAGCGAAGUCAGCCGGUGCCUGGAAACAGCUUCAUGAUAAAGCUCUGGGCCGAGGAAACUUUUCUCUGUACGAUGCCGUGGUAAUCAUGUAUAUCGAAAAGAGACUGGUUCCCAGUAUGGCAGAUUUCAGUCACAUCCUCCUAGUCCACGCCCUCUAUCAUCGAAUGUGGGAGGUUGGCGACUACUUUCGUCGCCCCUUAUCGUUCUGGAAUCCGACCGCGAAGAAGCAGUCCCGCGAAGCAGCCAUCCCAACGGGCUCCGUGUGGCUCCCAGGAAUUCCUUCAUAUUCGAAAUGGCGGAACAGUGCGUGCGACUGCCUAGACAUCCUCCAUUGGACGGCAAACAGCACUAUUGCCAAGGCAGCAGGACUUGAGCACCCGACCGUCUUACAUCUUCAUGAAGCCCGAAUCGUGCUCCUCGCUCCCUUCCAUGAGAUACGAUCCCUGGCCACUUCCUUGGCGACAGGAAAGAUUGCAUGGAGCGAGAGACAACAAGCCAUCGAGUGGCAUUACAUACAACGAUGGAUCAAGCACGACCAAUACAAAGCUCGCCUUGCGAUCAUCCACGCGGGCACAUCGCUAUGGCAUAUCCAAAGAUACUCGACCAAUGCGUUCCAUGAGCCUGUUGCCGCCUUCCUCGCGAUCCUCACUCUCUGGGCCUACGGACUCUGCCAUCCCCAGGCGUCGCCUGGAGCCACUGGUCCUUAUGCCGGAUCGAUGCGCAGACCUUCCCAGGAGCCCAGUUUCGUUCACCUCGAUCGCCCCUGCGACGAUGAACUGGUUCAAAUGUUUGUACGAGAGGGCCAGGUCAUGAGAGCAAACAUUACUGGCGUGGGGGAUAUUUGCAGUCCUCAUGGUCCGGAGCGAAUUCUGAGGGCUGGGUGCACGAUUCUGGCGGGGAUUAAUUCGUGGGGGAUAUCGAGGACAUUUAUAGUGACAUUAGCCAAACUUGCCGAGGUGAUGGCACCGCAAGCGAGGCCGUAAAUUAAUUAAUGAAUAGACUCU